ACUCUUUUUUAGUCCCUUUCUUCGUAGGAGUCAAGUAAACAAAAAGGGGGAACCCAGCCGUGUAGGUUUCCCUUACACACCCUAGCUGUUUUUGCUGUUUCAAGUUUAAUCUUUCCCAGCCACAGCAUAACUUCACUUUUUCCCAGUCGUUCACUGUUUGUCAAACUUGCUUCUCAUUUUAGUUUCUGUUUCCCCACCCUUUUUUUUUCUCAUAGUAUUAUUUUAAUUAUCUGCGCAUGAAGAUGACUUUGUAACAGUUGUAUAACAGUAUUUGUCAGGGAGGAAAUGAAGGCAUGGUUAACAAGUGUGUUAUAUAUGCACCAGACGACAUGAAUAGACUCAGCUGUCACUCUUCCACUCCUUCUUCUUCCUCUUCUUCUCCUGGUUCCUCAAUGGGGAUGGUUUACCCAGACAUGGGUUCUCUUUCUCUUGGUCCCAACUAUGGUAUCGUAGGCUCAAGUGUUUCUUCCUCACAGGAUAGCUAUGCCUGCAAGGGCUCAGAGAUGGAAAAUGAAAGAGCUUCUUCUUGGGGUUUUCAUUUCAUGGGGAACUGCAAAGCAAGGAGCUUUGAGGAAAACCACAGCUCUGAUGUUGUGGAGGGUAAGGACUCUGAUUGUAGUGAUGGGUUCGGAGAUAAUAAUAGGUCCAUAAAUCUGAAUGCCAACUUAAAUGAAGAGAACUCCAAUGAGAAUGGGGUAAGUGGCAAGGAAACAGACAGCGGGCAGUCAAAGCUUUGUGCUAGGGGCCACUGGAGGCCUGCAGAAGAUACUAAGCUCAAGGAACUUGUAGCUCUUUAUGGCCCUCAGAACUGGAACCUUAUAGCCGAGAAGUUGGAAGGAAGAUCAGGUAAGAGCUGCCGGCUAAGAUGGUUUAACCAGUUGGACCCUAGGAUCAAUAGAAGAGCUUUCACUGAAGAAGAAGAAGAGAGGCUAAUGCAAGCUCAUAGACUUUACGGUAACAAGUGGGCAAUGAUAGCGAGGCUGUUCCCUGGAAGAACUGAUAAUGCAGUGAAGAACCAUUGGCAUGUCAUCAUGGCUAGGAAGUAUAGAGAACAAUCAAGUGCUUAUAGGAGGCGGAAGCUGAGUCAAUCUGUUUAUAGAAGGAUGGAAGAAACUCCAACCUUUGUCUGCAGAGAUGCAGCCACGAAAGCAGAACCUCCCCCAUACUGUCUCAAUAUCCCCAAUAGAAGACUUGGCAUUAUCUCCCAAUAUCAGUUUGGAACCUUCAACGGUGCUGAUGGUGGGGUUGAUGUUGGUGUCUCAAAUGUUUCACCCCACAUGACCAGUGGGAGAGAAGCAAUCUCAAGCAGCGAGGUCCCUCACAGUGGGUUAUGUGCACAACAGGCACCUUUUGAUUUCUUCCCUGGUGUUAAUAGCAAUGACAUGGUGGGCAUGUUCAGCCAGACCAGAUCUUGGGGUGCCAGGCCAAUUGAUGAACCCCAGAUCUGUGGUUUCUAUCCCCACCACCAGCAGCAGCAGCAGCAGCCUUCUUCAUACAUGAUGGCAAUGCAACAGUCAGACUUCCUCAGCUCCCAAAGCCUCACAGAUUGCACAGCAUCAACACCCCAAGUUUCAGCCAGUGAACCUUCAUCAUCAGUGGCAGGGAGCAGAGCAGCAGCCAGCAGCCACAGCCACAGCCACAGCCACUAUGAGAUCGUUCAACCACCAUUCAUUGACUUUCUUGGGGUAGGAGCCACAUGAAGUUUAGCUAAAACCCCCCCACACCCCCGCCUAAAAAAUAAAGGGCCUGGAAAAGUUUUCCACCUUAAUGUGGAAGUGCUCCAAGAUAACUGAGAGGCCAUUAGAGGUAAAGAGAGGAUUUGUUUUUUCAGAUCGGUGACAGUAGAUUCAUCUCUGCAUUAGUCUGUCCCAAGUCAUAUCCCCCAGCAUCUUUUUCCUGUUAUCACCCACCCUUUCUCUCCCGAGACCUUGUCCAAAAGUUUAAACAAAAUAAAUUUUAUAUUAUUCUCCCAAAUAACCAUGCCGCCUUUUCCUGUUAUUUCCCCCUUUUUGUUUCUUUUAAAAAAUAUGAAUAAUAAUCAGCAUGGCAUAUGAACCAGAGCCAUUGGCCUA